CCCGAGCCCGGCCGCUAAAGUCGUCCGGGUGCCGCGCAUGCUGGUCGGCCUCGUACCCCGCAAGGUCACCCACGUGCGGGAUGCUGCGUUCGGCGGUGGCGGCCUUGGCCCCGUCGGGCCUGCCGGGGCGCCCGUUGCUGCUGACGGCUCUGAGCCUGUCGCCUGGGAAGCGGCUCUCUUCGCGAGGCCCGGCGGGUCAGAGCGAGCAGCGCCGCGGCCCGGCAAAGCCCCGCUUCCCUCCUCUGCGGAUCCCCGAGGAGGCCGAAACGACCCGCUUGGUGGCGGAGAAGGCGCGGGCCCCGCCGCCCCUGCGAAGGUUCAUCGCCUGCCCCGACCUCGCGCGCGCCGUGGCCUCCAGUCUGCAAAGCGGGAGGGGCUCCGAGGGGCCGGAGACGGUGGUGCUGGAAUGCGAGCCAGGUCCUGGAGUCUUAACCCGAACAUUACUCAAUGCUGGUGCCCAUGUUAUAGCUCUGGAGAGUAAUAAGUCAUUUGUUCCUGAUUUAGAGUCUCUGAAGGAAAAAGCAGAUGGCCAGCUAGAAGUGGUGCAUUGUGACUUUUUCAGAUUGGACCCUAUGGGUAUUGGAUCCUUGAAGCCACCUUUUAUGUAUUCUGAAAGACUUUUUGAGAACUUGGGCAUCUUAACAGUUCCUUGGACAGCAGAUGUUCCUCUAAAAGUGAUUGGAAUUGUGCCACAAAGAAAGGAAAGGAACCUGAUUUGGAAGCUUCUCUAUGCCUUAUAUGAACGCAGUUCUAUAUAUAAAUACGGAAGAACAGAACUGAACCUCUUUGUCAGUGAAAAAGAAUACAAGACUCUUGUUGCGAAGCCUGGGGAAACAAGAAUCUAUCAACCACUAAGUGUACUAUGGCAAACAGCCUGUGACAUUCAGCUUCUGCGUAUGGAGCCUUGGCCUUCAUUUCUGACGAAUUCAAAAAAUGGUGGACUUUCUAUACCAAAGAGUGUGCUGCUGCAGAAUGACCACUUAUGCUUAAUACGGCUGACGCCAAGGAAGAAUUUGUUUACAGACAGCUUGACAACUAGUAAUUCAAGAAUAUUUGUUGUGAUGGUGAAGCAAUGCCUUGCUAAAAGCAAGACUAAACUAAUAGAUAAAUUAAAUUUAUGGAGUUCCCAAGGUGGGAAGGAAUUGUUGAGACAGCUGGAGAUACCAGAAAACAUUACAACGGGUAGUCUAUAUCCAGAGCAGUACAAAAGCCUUUUUGAGAUUAUGGAACAAGCUAAUGAAUUUGACCAAAGCUGGCUCUAUGAUGAAGAUUUUUUGGAGGAUAGCAGGGGCAUCAAUUUUUAAUCUGAAACUGGUUUAUUUUGAAUAGGAACUUGUUAUGGUGCAAAUGAUAGUGGCUUGAAACCUCUUUAUCAGUGAGGAUAAUUUAGUUGAUAAAUUAUCAGGUGAUAAAUUAUGAAGGUAAUACCACAUAAAAAUUCAACAUCUUACACAUGCCCAAUUUGUCCUCCAUGGGAAAUUUCAUGUCAUUGCAUUUUCUAAGGUGCAAGGCAAAAUCCUUUGUUGUUCAAAACAUAGUGAACUGUUUUCAGUCCUGUUAUUGUUCCUUGUAUUACAGCAGAGCUACUUUUGGAAUAUAAGGCAAACAUGGCAUACACUGCAGUUUGCCUCAAAAAUAAAUAUAAAGCUUGAAAUGCAUAGACUUGCACACUUAAAAAAACCACCAGGUACUGUAAACCAAAAAUUUGCCAAAAGAAGCAAGAAAAUGUGUAUUUCUGGUUUAAAGACUUGUGCUCAAAUACCUGAGUUACUCUAGAACUGGCCCCCACAUGGAAAAAUGUUUGCAAAACUUGCUCUGCCUUUAUAUAUAUAUAUAUAUUGUAUAAACUUUAUGUAAAUAGUAUAUAGUGAAUGCACUUCAGUUAUCCUGUUUUCUGACCAGGAUGUUAACUACUAUGUAAACUAAAAGAGGUUUGUCUCAUCACAAACCUUUUUCUAAUUUAUAAAAAUGUAAAUAUUUUCCUUAAAAAUGCAAUAAAACACU